GACUGCCCCAUCAGAUGCGCCUCUCUGCCGCCAGAGCUCAGCAGUCAGAUUGUCCUGCACGGGGCUCCUGAAGCUGCAGCCUGCUGAGCUGAACUGGACUGAUCUCAGCCAUGAGUUUCAGUGACGAUUACGAUCCGUACCAGGAGUUCCUGGACCUCUUCAAAGACACCGAAAAUGCAACCGACCCAAGCUAUUUGGUCUCUAAGACCGUCCGGAUUUGCCCGAAGACCGCUCUCAACGAGUUCGGUGCACAGUUCAUCCCCAUCUUCUACUCCAUCACCUUCGUCCUGAGUUUCCUUGGCAACGGGCUCGUCCUCUUCAUCAUCUUCAAGUACGAGAAGCUCAGCACCGUGACGAACGUCUUCCUCCUCAAUCUGGUCUUCUCCAACCUGCUGUUCGCCGCCAGCCUUCCCUUCUGGGCCACCUACCACCGGUCUGAGUGGAUUUUUGGCACGGCUCUGUGCAAGAUCGUCAGCAGCGCGUACUUCAUCGGCUUCUACAGCUCCAUCCUCUUCCUCACGCUCAUGACGUUCGACCGGUACCUGGCCGUGGUGCACGCCGUGGCGGCCGCCAAGAGCAGGAAGAGGGCGUACGCCAUCGUGGGAUCGGUGGUGGUGUGGUGCGUCAGCAUCGCCGCCAGCGUGAAGGAGCUGGUUCUGCGGAACGUGUCCAGGAACCACUCCAGCGGACUAGUGUGCGAGGAGUCGGGCCUCUCCGACAGCAGCAUGAGGCGCUGGCGCCUGGUCAGCUACUACCAGCAGUUCCUGGUCUUCUUCCUGCUGCCGCUGGUCAUGGUGAUGUACUGCUACAUCAGCAUCACCCUGCGCAUCCUGGCCACCCGCAUGAAGGAGAAGUGCCGCGCCAUCAAGCUCAUCUUCGUCAUCAUCUUCACCUUCUUCUUGUGCUGGACGCCCUUCAACGUGGUGGUCCUCCUGCGAGCCGUCCGGGCCUCGGAGGAGGAGGAGGAGUCGUGCGAGUCCUCGGACCGGCUGGACAAGGCGCUGUACGUGACGCGGAACAUCGCCUACCUGUACUGCUGCAUCAGCCCCGUCUUCUACACCUUCGUCGGGAAGAAGUUCCAGAGCCACUUCAGGAGGCUGCUGGCCAAAAAGAUCCCCUGUCUGUCCAGACGCAUGAGCCUCAGCAGCCAGAGCACCAAGACCACGUCGCAGAAGACGGCGCACUCAGCGUACGAGUAUUAGCACAGCCCCCGCGCCCAACCACAGAUGCAUUAUUAUCCCUGGACUGGGUAGUUUUAUAGAUGAGGGAUUGUUCUUGGAAAAAGAAGCAAGAACAAGUCAUAUAGUUGCAGUGUGUUCACCCAACACGUCCUGGACUCUGAGCAACCCUUCACCCGACCCCUGGUGUGACCUUCCAGUGGUUGAACCUCAGUCUGUUCCGACCUGGGUCCCGUUUUCUAACUCUGAGGUGGAAUCUCAACUGGAACUCAGCCAGAAUCAUCCUGAUAUGCAGCCCCGACCUCUGAAUGAUCGGUGUCCAUUUAAUUUCAUAUUUUCACUGUGUUGCUGUGCUUUUUAAUCAUUUUCUUCAUAUAGCACAUGUUUGAAACAUAAUAAUCUGUUUUUUCAAUCCUGAUCCUUGCUUACAUUUCACUCUAACAGCUACGACUCUAUGCUAACUCUACUUUAUUUCUUCCAAAUAAACAAAAAGAUUCAUGAAAUCAGAUUUUCCUGCAUUACAUUUCACAGAUGUGUCCUGUGACACGUAUAAGGUCCACAGGUGCCCGAACAGGAAGUGAAAAUGUCUUCAAGUCGACCACUAUGCAACAUAAAGAGAUUAUGAAGCAACAAAGUUCAUAAAACUCAGAGAAGAGUUCCACUUUCGUCACUGUGGCUCCAGUGGUAGGUUUGACGUUUCAGCAGUGUUGAAAGGAAAUGUUUGAAAUGACUUGAGAAACAUCACUUAGAAUGUUGUCAAUGCAUUUAUGUUGUUGUAAUGUUAUUAAAAUGCUGGGGGGGGGGGGGUAAGCCAGAUGUAGCAAAUAUGAUGAAAAUUCAAACUUUUAUUUGAAAAUUAUGCUUUUUUUGACAUGUCAGAAGGUUCAAUAAAUACUCCAGUUUCAUAAAGUUGAGUUUUUCCUCACAUUUUUUUUAUUGUUCU